AUGCCCAUCCUGAAGAGUCUAGGGGUGGCAGACUCUAAGGUGCCCCGGGCAGGGACACUGCCUCUGAGGUCCUCUCGGAACCCCUUUGAGGAAGUCUCAGGACUGGAAGAAGAGGAGGCUGGGGAGCUGGGGGCUCUGCCCAAUGGAACGUCAUGUCGUCGCCGAGCCACCCUGGAGAAGCUGGCAGGCCUGUCCCCCUUCCGGCUGGGCAAAACCCCCGGCCGGCGGGCAGGCAGCCCCGGGGAUGGGCAGCCUCGCUCUUUCCUGGGCCGGGUGCUGUCGCCAGGAAUUCGCAGGAGCUCAGCAGACUUUGGCCUCCUGGCCAGGCUUCAGGGGAUCCGAGCCCAGGGCGAUGAGGAGGCAGCUGGAGAGGCUGCACGGAGACUGGCCUUCCUGAGACUGGGGCGCGGGCCCAAGCCCCGGCGGGCAUCACUGGCUGAGAGGGUGGUGCCCGCAGGUGAGGCUGCUCCCGAGCCCCCGCCCAAGGUCCCAGAGCCCCCGAAGGUGAAAGAGCCCUUGUCAGUGUUGGAGAUCCUGAGCUUGAUCCAGCAGCGUGAGCUCGCGCGGGCCGACGAGCACAUCUUGGAGCUAGAGGCCGAAGAGCUGGCGUCGUCGGGGGGCGGCGCGCCCGGGCCGCCCAAGGCCGAGGGCGCGGGCGGCGGCCGCCGGGCGCGGGACGUGGCUCUGCUCUACGAGGCCCUGCAGCGCGAGAUGUGGGCGCUGGUGCGCGAGACGCUGGCGGGCCCCGGGCUGGGCGCGGGCGCUGGGGCGGGCGCCGUGGCGCAGCUGGGCCAGGUGUUGGUGCAGGAGGAGGCGGCCGACGGGCGCCGGGGACCCGAGGCUGCCCGCAAGCUGCGCGCCCGCUGGGCCGAGGCGGUGGCGCGCGCGGCCCGGGAGCGCCUGGAGGCGGCGGCGCCCGGGGCGCCCGGGGGCCUGGCCGGGCAGCUGGAGGCGCUGCGGGGACGGCUGCUGGAGGACAUGGGCGUCGUGCGGGGCCGCCUGGCGCCCUCCUACCCAGCCGGCCUGGGCGCCUUCGGUAUCUACCUGCGCGGCUACCACGGCGCGCUGGCCGAGUGGAUCGGGGCCGCCGCCCGCCGGAGGCUGCCGCUGGCCGACCGCUACGCGCUGCUGCACUGGCACAACCAGGUGUACCCCAGAGAGGUCCUAGGUCUGGUGGACAUGGUUGCUCUGGAGAACGGGGAGCUGGGGCCCCUUCUGUCGCCCGGCACCCUUCGUGGCUUGGAGGAUGAAUGCGUCACAGACGUGAAGGCUCAGACGCGGGCAGCCCUGCUUCGAGUGCUGCAGGAGGACGGGGAGCACUGGGGGAGCACGGAAGACUGGUCCAGCAACCUGGCCCAGGACGUGUGUGAGCUGCUGGAAGAGCACACAGAGCGAGCGCCCCACAUCAGCCAGGAGUUUGGGGAGCGGAUGGCCCACUGCUGCCUAGGAGGGCUGGCAGAGUUUCUGCAGAGCUUCCAGCAGCGUGUGGAGCGAUUCCAUGACAACCCAGGAGUCCGCGAGCUGCCACCCGACACCUACAUCAGCAGGACCAUCUCCCUGGUCAACUGUGGCCCCCCUCUGAGGGCUCUGGCGGAGCGCCUGGCCCGAGUAGGGCCCCCUGAGAGUGAGCCGGCCCGGGAAGCGGCAGCCAGCGCUCUGGACCGUGUGAUCCGACUCUGCCACCGCGUCCUGACUGACCUACUGUUCCAGGAGCUGCAGCCGCACUUUAGCAAGCUGAUGCGCAGGAAGUGGCUGAGCAGCUCGGAGGCCCUGGAUGGCAUCGUGGGCACGCUGGGCGCUAAGGCCCUCGCACUGCGCAGAAUGCAGGACGAGCCUUACCAGGCACUGGUGGCCGAGCUGCACCGGCGGGCGCUCGUCGAGUACGUGCGGCCUCUGUUCCGCGGGCGCCUGCGCUGUGGUUCCGCGCGGACCCGCAGCCGCGUGGCCGGGAGGCUCCGGGAGGACGCCGCGCAGCUGGAGAGGCUGUUCCGACGGCUGGAGUCCCAGGCCUCGUGGCUGGACGCCGUGGUGCCCCGUUUGGCCGAAGUUCUCCGCCUGGAAGACACGCCGAGCAUCCAGAUGGAGGUGGGGGUGCUGGUGCGGGACUACCCGGACAUCAGGCAGAAGCACGUGGCAACGCUCCUUGACAUCCGUGGUCUGCGCCACACAGCCGCCCGCCAGGAGAUCCUGGCGGUGACCCGGGACCUGGAACUCUGCGAGGUAGCAGCCCUGUCCCCCCCUCGGGACCGUGCCUUCUUCGCAGACAUCCCCGUGCCCCGGCCACCUAUCUGCCUCAGCCUCCCUCUCUUCCUGGGCCGCCUCCUCUCCCCGCUGGCCUGCUUGCCCUGGCCUCGGCCUCCGUCUCCUUCUCCAUUACGGCGGCCCCAGGCUGUAGAUGUCCUGGAUGGCUGCGGAGUCAGCUUGUGCGCCCUCGUCCCGGUUCAGCUCCCGACACAAGGCCUGCAGCGCCUCCGAGAUCCCGCGACCACCGCCACCUGCCUCAUCGUGGCGCCCGUCCGUGUCUCCCUUCCACUGAGCGCUGCCCACAACUGCCCACAACCAUCCGUGCCAAAGCGCACGACGGCUCUCCGAUGGUCUACAUCCGCGCUUCGCCUCAAAAAAGUCCGUUUCUUCCCCAGGGCUCCGAGCCUGUCCUUCCCCGGAAAUGUGAUAAAAAGCAUAUCGUCUUAA